AUGCGCCGCCUUUCGCAAUCUUUGCACGGCAUGAUGUCGUCGUCUCGUGAUGUCGAAGGCGAGACUGCCCUCGCGGAUAUGGUUGUCUCUGGCCGUCAGUUUUAUGAGGCGCAGCAGUACAAGCGGGCUCUGGAACAGUUCACGAGAGCAAUGAAAUACUGUCCUUGCGCUAGGGGGGUCAAACGUGAGAGAUGUACAUGCAAGAAUUUUGAAAGGGUCGCUGCUGAGGAGGGUUGCAUCUUCAAAGAAGCCAUGUAUAACUGCAAAUGCGACGUCGGGAGGACCUUCAACAAGUGUGACAAUAGGAACCACAUCCAGGCCCUGGAUUACCGAGCUGCCACGUUUGAAGCAUUGGGUAAACUGGAUCGUGCUAAGAAAGAUGCCGAAUGGAUUUUGGAGCUGGCUCCAAGACUGCCAGAUGGAUAUCUUCGUCUGGGAAAAGUAGCGCGGUUACAAAAGAACCAUGAAUUCGCGUGGAAGAUCUACAAUGCUGGCAUCAGCAUAAAUAAAGAUGUGGAAGUGGCGUCGUCGCCAAAGUUGCAGCAACUUUACAAAGCGCGAACGCCGCUUCACAGACAUUUCUCUAGGAAGGAUCCCCUCCGGCUGCCUACAGAAAUUGCGAUGCUUAUAUUCUCAUACAUGGAAUUUACCGAAUUGCCUCCAUGCUUAGGCGUCUGCAAGCUCUGGAGGCGCACCUUGACAAGCCCUCUGUAUGAUCGAUUAUGGAGGACAAUGAUAUUUCCUGGUAGAGGCAUGAAGCGUGCCCCUCGAUACGAUGCUCUGAAGAAGAUGCUGUCUUGGGCAGGCAAGGGGGGAGCGAGGAAAAUCGUCAUCCCGCUACCGAAAGCAUUUCUACUAAACCAACAAAAGCUAACACUACUUUUGAAAGCGUCCCCAUGCUUAGAAUAUUUGGAAAUUGGUCCACAAUUCGAUAUCCUGAUGUUUCCGCCCAAGGAGAAUAUGUGGACAAAGUUACGGCAUGUGUCUAUCAAUGGCACUGGUGAUCCUGCUAAACCGGCUUGGAGUACACCUGUAAUUCCGAUAGGCGGAUUUCCAUUGGCGUUUCUCAACAACGCUGCGGCUUCGCUGGAGCAUCUUGUUCUCACCGGAAUACCAGAGCCGUGGUAUAUGACACAGUCUGUGCCAUUUCUCCCCAACCUAAAGACCUUGCGGAUGUGCAACAUUUCUACAUUACGCCAGUCAUUUCCUAUAUUUUUCCUCUCUGACGCCUUCCCUCGACUUGAACAACUCUGGAUCGGCCCCAACAUCCCAAAUCUUGACUCAAAUUCCCUAUCCGGCUGGCGAGAAAAGUGGCAUACGAUGUGGAACCAUCUCAAAGUCCUCAUAUUCGAAGAAUCAUCCGUUGUUGGGCCUAUUUCCCAAGUCGAAAAUUCGCUCCUCACGCUGCGUCUUUUGACAUGCCUAAACUACGGCAACUCCCUACAACACAUCCGCUUCGACAUUCCCUCAGACAACGAGGAUAGACAUGGAAGGCAUCGUGUAUUCAGCAACAGUCGUACGUUGCACGGUGAUAUUGAUAUACCCCAGUAUCCUGAAUUUCGGAACCUCCACUCACUCGCUUCCAAGUCUUUGUGCAUCUCCCCAGACAUAUUAAGACUCCUAUUUUCUGAUGCUUUGAAUAUGGGAAAAAUACAAUCAUUUGACAUUGUAUUUCCAAUAGAGUCACUGAACGAUCGCGUCGGAGACAGGAGCAUUACUCACCUCAAGGGAUACGAAUGGCUUCGUGGCGCAGCAUCCAUCACGUCCAUGGGCUGCUACAGGUUCCGAUUUAGAUCGUACCCUCGAAACGACGAUGACCUCCCACUCCCUCAAUUUCUCGCGAGCUUUCCGAAUCUCGAAACGCUGAGUAUUUUCUCGGAGAAUUAUGAGGAGGCGGAAUUUGCUGGCGUAGUGGCAGCCAUUUUGAAGGCGACUACAUUAAAGACAAUCUAUACGACAUCGGUCAAAGGCGCGGUUAUGGAUCAGUUGAGGACGGUUGCAGAGAGCCAGGGCGUCAAGUUGAUAUGGGGACAUCAGCCACAGGCAUGGCCGGUACCAUUGGAUGAAUCGUAA